AUGAGGAAAGAUAAGCGGCCAACAGAUAAUGACAGGAAGCGUGCAGAAGAAAGCGACAGGGAUGCAAUGACAUUGACUGGUAAGAUCUCUAUCACAGAAGCCAGUUGUCAUCCCUUAGAGUUUGUGAACUUGAGCUUUAUAUUAAUCACCAGAAUCUUGCAUUUAAAGGAAAGAAAGAUAAGAAAGUGAGGGUGGUGAAGGCACAUAUUGUUAGUAUGAUUUUGACUUCUAUUGCGCAGGAAGGUUAAAACAACAUUCAGCCAGCCUCUGACUCAAAUUCAGAGUCUGACAGUGACAGUAACAGCGCAGAACGACAUCACAAAAAUCCUCAUUAAAAAAUUCUGGGAAGGGUGUGUAUUCCCCCCCCCCUCCCCUUGAAUACCUUACAAAGAGGUAUGACCCUCCUUUUGGUGCUCACUUUCACUGAUAACCCUCCCCCUUGGGGCCACAGACCCCCCUUCCCCCCAAGAAAAACUUAGCUUCCCUCAGACCCAAUCAAUGCUGUCAAGAAGCCUAAAAUACUCAAUUCCAAUAUGAUUAAAAAGGCCAAAAUGUACUUUUAAGAGAGUUCAUUCGACGAAAACGAUUACAAAGAAAUUUAGGCUUACGUUUGACAAUUGAAGAGUUUCUGAAAAUACUAGCUCCUAUACGCUCCUAUAAGCUCCUAUAAGCUCCUAUAAGCUUUCAACAAACUAGCUUUUUUUACUAUGAAUCGGAAUCGAGUACUUUUAGUCUUUUGUACCUUUUUGUGGAUUCUAUCUAUGUCACUCUCUGGAGUGGCCAAGGUCGGUGAUUGAUUAAGGCUGCUGAUAGAGAUGUUGAACUGACCACCUUGAAUAACAGUGCCUGUAAGAGCGACAUUGCUGGCAGGCCAUGUUGAUAAUCUGCGGUCGAACUAGCUAGAUUAUGAACUGUGGUCGGAAAAUUUACGUUCAGAAACUUGAGAUAAAUUCGGUUUCUCUCCAUCAUGCGCUCUCCCUGUUCUAAGUUCACACAAACAGUAGGACAUUUUUACUUGCUGGUUUUCAGGCAAGCAGAGAACGUUCCAAACAUUCAGUCUCAAUUACUUCGCAUGGCCGCCCUGAAAGGCGGGAAAAAACCAAUAUGAUUUUUCUCUUUUGUGAAUAAAUCGCGUAUUAGGCUUCUGAUUUAUCAUACGGUAUUUUUCACAAAUUAGAAAAAUCGUAUGACCAGUAGGAUUUCUUAUCAAAGAGAGACGAUUUUCAUUCAGUGGGUUUGCACUGAGUAAUUAUCACGAAUUAAUAUUCAUACAUUUACAGCAGCUAGUAAAAUAAGACUUUCUUUGAUAUAGAUCAAUUUAAAAUUGCAUCACUUUUCCCUCCUAUUUGGAUCUAAUCUUAUGACGAGCACCUGCUUGCAGGCCAUAAUAUUUGUAACCAGUGAGAGGAAAUUCCCGACACUGUUGUCUAAGAAGAAAUACUCUUCUGGAAGCUUGGCUUUAAUGUCAUUAAGAAGUAAUCGCAAGUACCCUCGCGCAAAUAAUUUCACAAAUAAACCAAAGUUCCACAAAUUCCCCUCCUCACUUCGCGACUUGGGAAAUUUUGUGAGAACUUUGGAAAUACGUGUGAUGAUAAUCCUUAUAAUCUUUGGUAGUUUCUCAGUGCGUAGUGUAUGCUGUUACAUACAUUACGCACUGAGGAAUAUUCGUCUUUUUCCUCCCCCCUUUCUAAUAAAGGUGGAUUUCCAGUGCCGCGUGAGUUUUUCCGUACUUUACACAUGCGUAAAGUGCGUAAGCAAUUUUCACUGCCGCGUUAAAAUCAGUAUGUUUAACUUUUCUCUGUAUUCUUGCCAUUGCAGACGUGCGUAAAUUUUUUUUCAAAAUUUUUUUUGUAAAAUUGUUUCUUGUUUUUUUUGUAAUUGUUUUUCAACGCACGCUGACUUGCGUGGACCAAAGCACGACAGCAGAAAUCCAGUAAAGAAGCGUGCUAAUGAGUAUCGUGGGGAAUCUUUUGCCUAUUGUGUUAUUUGAAAAAUCGACAUGUUUCUUAACAUGGAGGACAGAUGUACCUUAAAAUUUCAGAAAAGUCAUAAGCUGAUAUAAGAGUUAAGGUAACAAAUUUUUGCAUGUUCACAAGCUUGACUUUUUUUUCCCGGGUGCUUUCUGUUCAGAAUAUCACGCGUCAAACAUUCGCUUGAGCCCUAUAACUGCCUUGUCUCGCAACAAAAUAUCAGAUUUUAUUCAAUUUUUUUCCUUCCAAUGCGCGUGAUGUUUUUUGCUGCCAAUGGAUAUCCACUUUUUAAUGUGAACGUAACACUUUUUAAAAAAUUUGGAAAUUUUAAAACUUUGUUGAAACAUGGAUCAUCUCUUUGUACUCGAUGGCAUAAUCCACGACAAUCGUGCGAAUGUAAGUCAAUCUCCCACAGUCAGAAGUCAAUCCUUUACUAUGCAAGAAGGGAGUCCAUAUGAACGACAAAUACGGAAUUAGAUCGUUAGAUCGAUAUUGUGAUUAUUAAAAUCGAAGCAAGAACAAGCCAAAUACAAAUUUAGACAACUUAUAUUUCUAGAACAUCCUCACUUGAGGGUCGUUAAUAAUUGAUAUGGAUGAAUACUUGGAAGUGUUAAAAGAGGUUACGGACUUUCCAAGCUAAAUUCGAGAUUUCAGCACUCUAAAAGCCAGAUAAAGUGCUACUUUGAUGUUCACUACUAUUAUUAUCACUGAACGUAUUGAUACUAGCGCAACAUAAGCCCCUUCGGGAUGGAGACUUAACUCCGGUACAUUGGAUAUCCGACAGACUGGGGCACUGCUGAACGCGUAGCGGGUCACCAAGUAGGCAACGACAACUUUCUUGAACGUGCUUGAACGCGAUCCCAGUUUAGUUAGUUUGACAAUCACCGGGGAGCGAACUGAGGUGGCUUUGAUUGGUGUGUACCUGGUGAUUUUAGGUUUUGAGCUGGACCCUCCAGACCUAGAUCUCGAUCGACUGGAUCUUGUGCCUCUUGAGCCACGGGAGCCUCCAGAUCUGCCUCCACCACCACGUCCUAUUGUUUCUGAUAGUUCUACCAUCACCAUAAGGACGAUGGUGAUAUUAACACUGUAGCAAAUCGCAUUUGACUGACAGCAAUGACGAUUAAAACUAGGUUUGGAGUCAGUUCCUCUUCUUAACUUUGUGAAAACUGAGGGCAUGUGAUGCAGUCUCAGCCAAAUGAGUGAUCACUAUGACAUCUGUCAAUCAAUUCUAUUACGUCAAAGCGGAUUUUUGCCUACCUUAUUUUCUGGUUCCUUCUAACCUCUCGAGAAUAGAAUAACAACAACGGCCAUCGUGUCUGAUUAUAUGAGUUGUUUUCGAGGAGCAAUAAAAUGAACUAAAACCUUGUGUUUGUUUUCUGAACUUUUUGACACACAAGUUGUGUCAAAGGCAAAAGAGUGAGCCAGAUGAUAAUGUACGUACUUGAAUUAUUUGGAUUUUUUAAGAAACGUUGCCAAAACUGGUCAAAACCUGUGGAGAAAUUAAAGGUUAAUCAACGUUGCUAAAACGGAGAAAGGUGAAGAGAAGCUAAGAACACUGCUAACCAACUUUGAUUUUACGGCAAAACGUAAAAUGAUUGGUAAUGAGCAAUGUAUGCGCAAGUGAUAUGAUAAAGCUCGCAUGAUGUUUCACUACACGCAUCGUUGUAAUCAAAUAAUCAAAUUCGCUCAAGAAGCUCAGAAAUACAAUUUACUUUCUUCUCGCUCAAUUACCACAAAAAUUCAUUAAGAGGCUCUCAAGACUUUGAGCUGAGAGGCUUCGUUAUGAUUUGAAUAGAAGAGGGGAACUUUCCGAUAGAAACCGUUGUGCUGCAUUACUGGGGAGGGGGGGACGACGGCCGGGGGGGGGGUUAUAACAAGAUAAUUAGGUUUUAUCAACUGAGAUAAUGAUGAUGCAAAUUGCCACCGUGAAGAGUUUACACAAGAAUGCUCAAAAGCAGACUUUUCGAGCACUAGCCCCUGGUCUGUUGACGUUUGGAACGUCAGCUUUGCUGGUACUUUUUAUUUAUUUUUUGUUCUGGUUUAUUUUAUCAAUCAGUCCUUCCUCAAUUAUUAUUACUUGACAAGUUCGUUAUUUCAAUCAGUUCCAUCAGUCAGCCUUAACUUUCAAUCAUAAACUCGCAACUCAAAUCGCAACUUCGCACUUUUCAAUCCCGAUAAUUCAACGUGAUUUCACACCGAUUUCUUUAUUUCAAUUCGUAAGUUUGAUUAUCAACUGCAUUCAACUAAACAUUGAGUUCUAGUGUGCGUUCGGAUUGUCUACUCUGCCUUACUGGUAACCUUUGGAGAAUGCAAGCUUUAGAAACUCGCUCUUUACAGUGUCCAACUUACAUCAUCAACUCACUUUGUUAGUGAAUUGGACGGGAUCACUACUGAUGUUCACUACUAUCAUUAUCACUGAACGUAUUGAUACUAGCGCAACAUAAGCCCUCUUGAUUCAAUAACGAAAUACACUUUAAUUCAUAAACACAAACAACGUAAUAACGACUGAGAGAAGUAUGUUGUUGAUGUUCAGUCGGUUUGAGUCGUUUGGAUUUGUCUCAUACAUGGUAACCAUUGUAUCUUUGACAGUCUUCUCGACCUGUUUACAAGUUGUUUCUGUCACAUGUUGUAACUGGCUUACAAGGUCAAAGUCUUGAUCCUUGAUGUCUUCCAGCGACACUGUUUUGUCGACUCCGUGUAGUGUUUUCGUUUCUCCAUUUUUGUACUUCACUGUGGUUCUCAAGUCAACCAAGUUGUCUUUGAUUCCUACCAUCAUGGUUUGACUCCCUGGUGAUGUAUCCAAACACAAUUUUCCUUUGUCAACCAGCAGCCUUUCUCUCUUAUAGGUCAUCCUUACAGCUCUCUCCUCCGGGAUGGAAACCUAACUCCAGUACAUUGGAUAUCCCUGCCGAUAGACUGGGGCGCCGCUGAAUUCAUAGCGGUGCACUGCAUAGGCAAAGAAGUUAAACGCGCUUGAACACGAUCCCAGUUUGGUCUGUGACACGAUCACUGGGGAGCAAGCUGAAGUGGCAUUUAUCGGUGUGUAUUUGGUGAUUUUAGGUUUUGAGUUAGAACUCUUAAGGCUAUAGCUUGUUCUACUGCUUCUAGAGCCUCCUGAUCUGCCUCCACCACCACUUCCUCUUGUUUCGAAUACUUCCACCAUAGAAAUAAGAACGAUGGCAACAAAAAACACUGUAGCGACUCUCAUCUUUGUUGACAACGACAUUAAUAAUCGAGAUUAAAGCCAGUUUUCCCUCGUGAUUUUUCCUUUAACGGGUAUGCAACCUCCUGCAAACAUGAUUUCACAAAUCAUUCGUAAGUGCUUGAAACAUGAAUCGACAAAAGACAUGUAUGAGUUCAUAAAGUAGCUGUAAUGUAAUAGUUAGUAACACAGAUUAUAAGUGUUCAAUAUCCUACCUCCUUAUGUCGAAAAAAAUGAGAGGAGGAACAAAUGACUUAAAGAUAAACCAUCGACUUUCUUCAAAUUAAUUCAUAGAGAAGUAAUCACUGAAAAAAAUUCCUUCGGUUCUAAUGACGUCAUCAAAGUAUGUCUAUCUAUAGACCAGAAUUGCCUCUGAUGUGAAUUACAAUGGUGCCAGUGGUUCUGAAAGGAAACCACAUUUUUCAAGUUCUGUAAACCUUCAAGAUAUACAGUAUGGCAACAACAAUAGUGUAAACUUAUCAACACCUUUUGCUUUUAUAGGCUAUAGUUACGCCUAGGCCGUGCGUACUGUCCGAGAAACCCAUUAAAACUGUGCGUGGACAGAAUGCUCUUAAACCUGUGGUUAUGCAAUCCAAUGAUGUUUUCAGGCACGUUGCUACCUUACAACUGCCACCUGUGUGUCUGCGGUUGCUGUAACCCCGGAACCACGGGGUUACAUGUCAGCAAUGACGGUGGAUAAGCCAGAGGAUAUGAUUUUCUAUAACCGCGAUUUUACGAAGCAGUAUCACAAUGCUCCGAACAAUAAGAAAAACACUGUUCCAGGUCAUGGCUAUUUUGCUAAACUAGCAUCCUUCGAAGAGGAGCACUGCGAGAAAGGGGAAUGAGAUACAGAGUACAGAAAAAUGUCUUGCAAAGAGAAAUACGGCGAGCUAUGCGAAUACUGUCGAGCAACUGACUUGGUAAGUCUUUCUCCAUUUACACCAACUCCACGACCCUAUCCCGAUUACAGCAAACUUCCCGACUAUCACUACCUACCAAGUACGAAAACACCUACGAGUGGCCGCAAACCUGAUGAUUAUCAGCCUCGAGCUUAA